AUGACUGCAAAUGAAGACCAUAAAAGAACCGCUUCGGUGGAUCAUGAUGAUGAACCUAUAGCUAAAAGAGCCAAAUUAGAGGAAGAAAAAGAAAAAUCAAAAGAUGUUGAAAAAGAAGUGAAAGAAGAAGAAAAUGAAGAUGAAGAAGAUGAAGAAGGUGAUGAUAAGCAGGAGGACGAUGGUGAUGGUGAUGCUGCUAAGACUGCUGAAAAUGAAGAAGAAGAAAGAAAGCUUACAACUACUUUUAAUUUUGAUGGAACAACAUAUACUUUUAAAGAAAGACCUUCAGUAUUAGAAGAACGUGAGGGUAAAAUUGAAUUUAGAGUUGUUAAUAAUGAUAAUACCAAGGAAAAUUUAAUGGUUCUAACAGGUUUGAAAAAUAUUUUCCAAAAACAAUUACCCAAGAUGCCCAAGGAAUAUAUUGCAAGAUUAGUUUAUGAUAGAAGUCAUCUUUCAAUGGCUGUUGUAAGGAAACCUUUAACUGUUGUUGGUGGGAUCACUUAUAGACCAUUUGAUAGUCGAGGUUUUGCCGAAAUUGUUUUCUGUGCAAUUAGUUCCACUGAACAAGUUAGAGGUUAUGGUGCACAUUUAAUGAAUCAUUUAAAAGAUUAUGUUCGUUCAACUUCACCAAUUAAAUAUUUUUUAACUUAUGCAGAUAAUUAUGCUAUUGGAUAUUUUAAAAAACAAGGUUUUACAAAAGAAAUCAAUUUAGAUAAACAUAUAUGGAUGGGUUAUAUUAAAGAUUAUGAAGGUGGUACAUUAAUGCAAUGUUCAAUGUUACCAAUAAUACGAUAUUUAGAUAGUGCUAAGAUCUUAUUAUUACAAAAAGCUGCAAUUCAAAGGAAAAUUCGUAUGGUUUCAAAAUCUGAUGUUAUUAGACCAGGUUUAAAACAAUUCAAAGAUCUUAAAAAUUUAAAACCAAUUGAUCCAAUGACUAUACCAGGAUUAAAAGAAAGUGGUUGGACCCCAGAAAUGGAUGAAUUAGCUCAAAGACCAAGAAGAGGACCACAUCAUACAUUUAUGCAAUUAUUAUUAACAGAAUUACAAAAUCAUACAGCAUCAUGGCCAUUUUCAACACCAGUUAAUAAAGAUGAAAUACCAGAUUAUUAUGAAGUUAUUAAAGAACCAAUGGAUUUAAGUACAAUGGAAUCUAAAUUAGAAAAUGAUCAUUAUUCAACCCUGGAAGAAUUUGUUUAUGAUUCAAAAUUAAUUUUUAAUAAUUGUCGUAAAUAUAAUAAUGAAACUACAACUUAUUUUAAAAAUGCAAAUAAAUUAGAAAAAUUUUUUGAUUCAAAAGUUAAAGAAAAUUCAGAAUAUUCUCAUUUAGUUGAAUAG